AUGUCGGAGUCGGACGGAAAACCGGGGCAUAAGCUGUCACCGGCGGACUCCCGGGCGGUGAUGCUGGCAUUCUUCCGGGCCCUAGGCGCCGACGCGCGCCUCCCGGCCUCGGCCGAGCAGCCCGACGCCUACUCCGCGCUCGUCCGCGCCAUCCUCUCCUCGGUUGCCGUCUCCACCUCCCCGGCCCCGCGGGUCUCCUGCACCAUCACCGUCUCACACGCCGUGACCAACCUAUACAACACGCUCCACGGCGGCGCGGUGGCGGCCGUGGCCGAGGCCGUCGGGAUGGCGUGCGCGCGGGCAGCCGCCGGGGAUCGGGAGAUGUUCCUCGGCGAGCUUAGCACCGCGUACCUCGUUGCGGCGCGAUGCAAUGUGAUCUUCUUCUAA